GGCAAUCAUGGAGAGGUGACAGUUGGCGGCUCUUAAAUCGUGCGGCCGGUUAUUUUGUUUGUUUCCCUCAUAAAUCUUCCCAAAUCUCCGCAAUUUCUGUCUUAUCACGCCCAAAAUUACCAUCUUCUUCUCCCCAACAUCACAAUCUAUUGAGAAACAGAUCUGGCGACUCAAAAUGAACUAUCUGGGCUAUGAGGAGGACGACUUGCCGCGCCCCGUGGCCCCCAGUGUGCCCAGGGAGGAAAUUCUCGUGCCUUCAUUCGACGUUCCGGACGUCUCGAUCGUUGUGGAGAAAGCGUCUGCAAGGCGACAGAAAUCAUCUUACCAAGAAUGGCAGAAGAACGCGAAUCUCGUGUUUCUGGAGGGAACAUCUGGAGGAAGUUGUCCGAGAAGAACUCCUGAAGUGCCUGCACUACCUCUGGAAACUAGUCAACCAAUUAUAGAGAAAAGGAGUCCUAUGGAGAGACCUAAAAUUGAACCCACAAGUGUUGCCAGAGUUUCUGGACAAGACGAAGUGAUCAGAAAGCUGGAGACCCUUCUCGCUAGUUAUAGUAUGACACUGGAGGAACAGAUAGAUCGCUUGUCGGUCCCGAAAGAGCCAGCAAAACCUUCAACAGCUGAUAAGGGUGUGUCUGCGGCGCCUAGACAGAAAAGUAUUGGGAUCCAGUGCGAUUUGCUACGUCCGGAAGUCGUGCCAGAUACAAAAUCCUGCUCAUCACAGACUGAUCCUCAGUUGGAGGUGUUUGACAAUCGCCGGGCGUCGGAUUCUUGUCUUCAGGGAGGAUUGUUUGCCAGGAAUCCGGGCCAAAGUGACGCUUGGAGCACUGAAAUGAGUUUAGCCACGCAUCAGUACAUGGAGAAGUACAAUCUCUUGGGUGAAUCGCGUAGUCCGGGCACCCGGAACGUACUGGAGGGCAUCAAGGGGCCGCGGUGGCAGCAGAAAUUCCAUUAACUAAAGAAAAAAAAUGAUUCUGAUGGCUUUUGGUAAUCCCAUCCUGGACAUGAGUAUUACGGCGGAGGACGAAGAGGUGUUGAAGAGCCACGGUUUGAAAGUGAAUGAUCAACUGGAGAUCCCGAUUGAGAGACUCUUGGCGGUGAAGAAGGAUGCUGAGCAAAGGUAUGCAAAAACCGUUCAAUUCAAUCCUGGAGGUUCAUCUCUCAAUACGUGUCGUAUUUUGAGAGCUCUCGGUGAAAAAAAUGUCCUAUAUUGCGGCUCUAUUGGGAAGGAUGAGAAUGGAGAAAAGUUGCUUCAGUUGAUUGGAGAGAGUGGAGUGAAUUGCUGCAUCCAAAGUCUCGAGGGCAGUUCAACUGCUGUCUGUCUGUGUCUCAUUCGCGGACAGAAUCGCUGCCUGAUUGCCAAUAUUGGAGCUGCAUUUAAGAUUGAACUAUCCUGGCUGACGGAGAAGAUAAAUCCCACCGAAAUGAUAUACAUCGAAGGAUACUUUAUCCCUGAGAGGCUUUCCAUAUGUCAAUGGCUCGUGGAGAAGGCAGGAAAGUUGGCAAUCAAUCUCAGCGCCAAAUACAUCGUCAGGAGUCUCUGGAAGGAGUUGAGAUUCCUUCUCAAUGCUUGUGAUCUUAUUUUUGGGAAUGCCAGUGAAUUUUCCACCGUCGUUGAAGUUUCAGGAAGUAAUACUUUAGAUUCCUGGGUGGAUUCUCUCGCCAAAGAUGGGAAGAAGGAUAGAAUUAUAGUGAUUACAAAUGGAGGAUCGCCAGUGACGCUCAUGGAAGUCAUUAAAGGAGUGACAAAGAGACAAGAAAUCCCGGUGGCGAGAGUGGAAAAUGUUCUGGACACGACAGGAGCUGGGGAUGCCUUUGUGGCGGGCUUUCUCUUUGCGUUCUUGCACUCCAAGAGUUCGCGAGAAUGCGUUGAAGAAGGAAUUCGCAUUGCCGGUGAGACGCUUAGUCAAAUUGGAUGCCAUUUGCCAGAAGUUAAAGUUAAUUAAACAUGAAUUUAAUGAUAUUAAAAGGGUUUUUCUUAUUAUAUA